AAUCCCUUAUGGUAUGGGCCUUACCUCUGGACCAAGUUCAAAACCACAACGAGAGCUUUGCUACCGGGCUCAGAAAAGACGCGGGGAAUGUUGCACCACCGGAAGCCUAACUUAUUUUCACUGGAUGUCUGUGGCACAGCUCCAAGGCAGAAAAAGAACGAGAUCACUAAGAGACGACAGCGCCCGGUGUUGCUCCACGAUUACCAAGACUUUGGGUGCCUGGAAGGAAGCCUCGGUUGA